AUGCUCAGAUUAUCCUCAAACUCCUCAGAUUAUCCUCAGACUACUCCUCAAACUCCUCAGUCUAAUCCUCAGACUCCUCCUCAGAUUAUCCUCAAACUCCUCAAACUACUCCUCGGUCUAAUCCUCAGACUCCUCCUCAGAUUAUCCUCAAACUCCUCAGAUUAUCCUCAAACUCCUCAGACUACUCCUCAGAUUAUCCUCAAACUCCUCCUCAGAUUAUCCUCAGACUCCUCAGACUACUCCUCAAACUCCUCAAAUUAUCCUCAGACUACUCCUCAAACUCCUCAGAUUAUCCUCAAACUCCUCAAACUACUCCUCGGUCUAAUCCUCAGACUCCUCCUCAGAUUAUCCUCAAACUCCUCAGACUACUCCUCAGAUUAUCCUCAGACUCCUCCUCAGACUACUCCUCAAACUCCUCAAAUUAUCCUCAGACUACUCCUCAAACUCCUCAGAUUAUCCUCAAACUCCUCAGACUACUCCUCAAACUCCUCAGACUACUCCUCAAACUCCUCAAAUUAUCCUCAAACUCCUCAGACUACUCCUCAAACUCCUCAGAUUAUCCUCAAACUCCUCAGACUACUCCUCAAACUCCUCAAAUUAUCCUCAGACUACUCCUCAAACUCCUCAGAUUAUCCUCAAACUCCUCAAACUACUCCUCGGUCUAAUCCUCAGACUCCUCCUCAGAUUAUCCUCAGAUUAUCACUUUACAUAUAUAUCGAUAACUAA